AAUGAAUUGAUCAUCAUUAACGUUCAGGCAUCGCGCACAGAUCGGGAAGAAGCGACACCAGUCCGCUUUUUCGGUUUUAAAUAUUAUCAUUUGCCUUUAGUUUCAGAAUCAAAAGUGUCUCUCAUAAUCGGAAAUAAUAGAUUAACUUACCGGUAGUGAAGUAACUGCAGAAAAUGGCCCCGAAAACGACAUAUUUGCUAGGAUCGGUACUGGUGUUUAUCUGCAUCGCAGUCCAAAUGGGUUUGGCCAUCAAGUGCUGGGAAUGUCGGUCCGAUUCCGAUCCGAAGUGUGCCGACCCGUUCGACAAUAGCACCCUCUCGAUAACGGACUGCCGACAGGUUGAGUCCAAGGAACAUCUUCCGGAGGUGAAGGCCACCAUGUGCCGCAAGAUUCGGCAGAAGGUUCAUGGCGAGUGGCGCUACUUCCGGAGCUGUGCCUUCAUGGGAGAGCCCGGCAUCGAGGGAGACGAACGGUUCUGUCUGAUGCGCAGUGGAACCUACAAUAUUUUCAUGGAAUACUGUACCUGCAACAGCAAGGACGGCUGCAACGGUGCUUCCCAGUUUGGCCCUAAACUGUUGAGUACUGGUUUGUUUGUCCUGAUCGGCUUCCUGGUCUGUCGCAUGCUUUAGAUUAUUAGUCCGUCCUGUUUUUUUCGAAAGAAACAAGUCAGCAAUUUUCAACAUUCCGUUAAGCAAUAUUCUAUACAUUCUGUAAUCUCACUUUCAUUUUAAGCUAGUAACUGUUUCGUCCAAAAUGAUUUAUUUUUUAAAAAGUUACUAAAUGUGCCUUAGAUCUGUAGAACUCUAUAUAGUGUGUUCGAUUAGUUAGUUUGAAUCGAACUGUGAAACAAUAAUGAGGAAAUUUCACAGCACUUACUCUACUAGUAUUACAUAUCAAACAAUUUUACUCAUAAAAGUAUCUUUCACGAUUCCGUCCAAGUGAAACUUAUAUGCAUUUUGUCUUCUACCUAUGUUGAUGUUAAGCUACAAUAGCGUAUCGAAUCAAAUGUCUUCGAUUCAAGUGCCUCAGUAAAAUUUGUGUACAUAAUUCAUAAUCGUAUGAUAAGAAUGAUACUGUACGUAAUAAAAGUCAAAAUAAUAAACUUUUGGAGAAGUUUUUGAUUUUAA